AUGGCGCUGCCGCUGGUCCUGCUGGUUCUGCUCGCCGCCGUGGCGGCGGCGAGGGAGGCGCACGGGUACGUGGCGUACAACACGAGCGCGGGGACGGUGGCCGGGCUGCUGAACGUGCACCUGGUGCCGCACUCCCACGACGACGUCGGCUGGCUCAAGACCGUCGACCAGUACUACGUCGGGUCCAACAACUCCAUCCAGGGCGCGUGCGUGAUGAACACGCUGGACUCCGUGGUGGACGCACUGGCGAGGGACCCUGGCCGCAAGUUCGUCGUCGCGGAGCAGGCCUUCUUCCAAAGGUGGUGGGUAGAGAAAAGCCCAAAAAUGCAGGCCAUAGUGCACAAGCUAGUUGAUUCUGGUCAGCUCGAGUUCAUAAAUGGUGGGUGGUGUAUGCAUGAUGAAGCUGCCACCCAUUAUAUUGACAUGAUUGAUCAGACCACACUUGGUCAUCGGGUGAUUAAAAAACAAUUCAACAAGACUCCAAGAGCUGGCUGGCAAAUCGAUCCUUUCGGUCAUUCUGCUGUGCAAGCUUAUUUGCUAGGAACAGAGCUUGGUUUUGAUUCUGUGCACUUUGCAAGAAUUGAUUACCAAGAUAGGGCAAAGCGUAAAGACGAUAAAGGCCUGGAAGUUAUAUGGCAGGGCUCAAGAACAUUUGGUUCAUCUUCUCAGAUCUUUACGAAUGCAUUUCCUGUCCAUUAUAGCCCUCCCGAUGGGUUUAGUUUUGAAGUUUUGAAUGACAUGACACCUGUUCAGGAUGACCCGUUGCUGUUUGACACUAAUGUUGAACAACGCGUUAAUGAUUUUGUUUCUGCAGCCAUAGCACAGGCAAACGUUACGCGUACAAACCACAUAAUGUGGACCAUGGGUGAUGAUUUUAAUUAUCAGUAUGCUGAAUCCUGGUUCCGGAAUAUGGAUAGACUUAUUCAUUACGUGAACAAGGAUGGACGAGUGCAUGCGCUGUAUUCUACUCCAUCCAUUUACACUGAUGCAAAACAUGCAUCAAAUGAAUCUUGGCCACUCAAACGCGAUGAUUAUUUCCCAUAUGCUGAUUCAACAAAUGCUUACUGGACUGGGUAUUUUACUAGCCGUCCAACUUUCAAGGGAUAUGUUCGAAUGCUCAGUGGAUAUUACCUGGCUGCACGUCAAAUAGAAUUUCUUGUGGGAGGAUCAUUCACUUCUAGCUUGGAAGACCCACUGGGAAUCGCCCAGCAUCAUGAUGCCGUCUCAGGAACAGCAAAACAACACACAACUGAUGAUUACUCGAAACGCCUUGCUCUCGGAGCAUCUCAGGUUGAGAAAGGUGUAAAUACUGCUCUGGCUUGUCUGACAAGCUCUAAGGGAACAUGUAUGUCUCCAGCAGUAAAGUUCAGUCAGUGCCAACUGCUCAAUAUAAGCUACUGCCCUUCAACUGAGGAACAAAUUUCAGGAGGAAAGGGUUUAGUUAUAACUGCUUAUAAUCCUCUUGGGUGGGAACAUAGUGACUUCAUACGGGUUCCGGUCAAUGACUUACACCUAGUCGUAAAAAGCUCUGAUGGAAGUUUUGUCGAUUCACAACUAGUUGAGGUAGAUAAUGUGACUAGCAAUUUAAGGAAGUUGUAUGUGAAGGCUUAUCUCGGAAUCAAUACAGACAAACCCCCGAAAUAUUGGCUAGUGUUUCAAGCUUCUGUGCCACCAAUGGGAUGGAAUACUUAUUUCGUCUCAAAGCCCAAGGGAGCAGGAUCUAACAGAAUGGGGUAUGUCUCAACCAUCGCUUCUCCAAGCAAAGACACAGUUGAAGUUGGACCAGGGUCUCUAAAGAUGACAUUUUCGUCAGCAUCUGGACAACUUACGCGGAUGUUCAAUUCUAUCACAGGAGUGGAUUUACCAAUUCAACAGAGCUUUCUUUGGUAUGGUUCAAAUAAUGGUGAUGGCGCGGAUUCACAGGCAUCUGGAGCUUAUAUUUUUAGACCAGAUGGGUCUACACCGACUGUUGUUUCAAGAUCGGUACCGUUAAAAGUCAUCCGUGGACCUCUGGUUGAUGAAGUCCACCAGCAAUUCAGCCCGUGGAUUUAUCAGAUAUUAUUUAGCUCCAACAACUUAAGGUCACCACGAAAAGAACAUAUCAUGUGGCUAAGGCUAAACUUCUUGAUGUCUGGACCCAAUGUGCCUCCUGUUCAGGUUACAAGACUAUAUAAGGAUAAGGAGCAUGCUGAAGUAGAAUACACGAUUGGGCCAAUCCCGGUCAAUGAUGGCAUAGGAAAGGAGGUCAUCACAAGACUGACAGCAAAUAUGGUCACAAACCACACUUUUUAUACAGAUUCGAAUGGAAGGGAUUUUCUCAAGAGGGUGAGAGACUACAGGGAAGAUUGGGAUCUUCAAGUGACUCAACCGGUUGCAGGAAAUUACUAUCCCGUCAAUCUCGGAAUGUAUGUAACAGAUGGGAAAUAUGAACUUAGUGUCCUUGUUGAUCGUGCUGUUGGAGCUUCAAGCAUUCAGGAUGGUCAAAUAGAAAUGAUGUUCCACAGGCGUAUACUUCAUGAUGAUGGCAGAGGUGUGGAGGAGCCACUGGAUGAAACUGUUUGCGUUGACAGAAAAUGUGAUGGGCUCGUGGCUAGGGGUACUUAUUAUGUCAAUGUCAACAAGCUUGGACAUGGAGCUCACUGGCGGAGGACACAAGGACAAAAAGUUUAUUCACCCUUUCUUCUUGGUUUCGCUCAUGAGGAUGAGAGCAGUUGGAAAUCCUACAGUGUUGUGAAAGCGAGCAUGAUGAAUGCAAAUUACAGUCUUCCUGAUAAUGUGGCAAUCAUCACCUUGCAGAGUCUCGAUGAUGGUACCGCACUUCUCCGCUUGGCACAUUUGUUUCAGGCUGCGGAGGACCCACAGUACUCAGUGAUGGCAAAAGUUGAACUGAAAAAAUUGUUUGGAAAGAAAACUAUCAAGGAAUGGACUGAAACUAACCUGUCUGCCAACCAAAAGAAGGCGGCGAUGAGGAAGCUCAAGUGGAGGGUUGUCGGAGACACCGAAAGUGGUCCUGCCCCAAUUACCGGUAGCCCGGUUGACAGUCAAUCCCUUGUUGUCGAGCUGGGGCCCAUGGAGAUACGCACAUUCUUGCUGAAACUGUGA